AUGGCAGAGGACAAGACUAUCAAGGGCCUCGGUGCACCGCCCAAGGCACAUGACGGGAGUGCGUUCCGUAUCGCCAUUGUGCAUGCGCGCUGGAACGACGAUGUCAUCAAGGCGCUCGUCCAGGGCGCCGUGGACAAGCUCAAGGCCCUGGGUGUCAAGGACGAGAACAUUGUCAUCAAGACUGUGCCGGGAAGCUACGAGCUGCCCUUUGCUUGCAAGAAGCUCAUCGAGGGUGGGAAGGCGCAGGCCGCAAAGGCCGAGCCCAGCCUCAUCUCCACAACUAACCUCCUCUCGCUGGUGGACGACGAGCGCUCAGCCACGCCCGUGGGCGACAAGGCCAAGACUGCGACACGCGAAUUUGAUGCCGUCAUUGCUAUCGGCGUACUCAUCAAGGGCUCGACCAUGCACUUUGAGUAUAUUUGUGACGCGACGACGCACGGCCUCAUGCGCGUCCAGCUCGACACGGGCACGCCGGUCGUGUUUGGUGUCCUCACUGCGCUUACCGAUGACCAGGCGCUCGAGCGUGCUGGCAUUGGACGUAAGGGGACCAAGGGACACAACCACGGAGAGGACUGGGGCCUAGCGGCUGUCGAGCUCGCCGCCGAGGCCGCACAGUGGGGCCAAGGUAACAUCUAG